AACACGAUUUGACAGAACAUGUGAAUUUAAAAAAAAGUCCCUGAUUUUAUUUGUUAAAAAUAGGAAAUACAAUCAAUAAACAAAACCGAACAGUUUAAAUAUAGUUCACAAACAUACUCCUUAAAAAUUUCAAUUAUGAACAACCUAGUGUUCAGUACGCAAACGAUCGUGAGGCGUUGUUUGUUAGGAGUCAAUUCGGUCAGGAAUUAUGCAACUCCUAAGCCGGGUGGAGCACUCGGUUCCAAGAAGAAAAAACUCGGCAAGUUGGGACCGGUGGUGGAGAAAAAGGUGAUUCCAGUUGAAACCGAUGCUAACAAAUUGGUUAACUACGUGUGUGGAAGCAAUCUGCUUAAAACGGGCGAAGAUAUCAAGCUGAAACCGGAUUCGGAAUAUCCAGACUGGUUAUGGAGCUUGCACGUGGGUAAACCUCUAACACUAGAAGAACUGGAUCCCGACACCAAAGCCUACUGGCGAAAGCUACGACGAUUAGCCCUGCAGCGGAAUAACAAACUGGCUAAGCUGAAGAAGUUUUAGUUUUCUAGCUAUGAGUAAUAAACAUUUUG